CUAUCAUUCAUCUCUUAUGACGCCGGCUUCUAGACCUUACCUCGACGCGCUGGAGCGCUGCAACAUCACGGUACAACAAGCCGGAUCGAAAUCACCCUGUACUUGGAUCUCGAGUGUGCAUCCAGGUCGUAUUGUUGAUUCAGAUCCCUCCAACAGCCUGGGUGGAGAGUAUUGGUGUAAAAAUCUCAUCUCCCCCGUCUACUUCACUCAGGCGGUUCAAGGUGCAAUGGAUCUUGGGCCAUACGAUGCUGUGAUCGAAGUAGGUCCGCACGCUGCACUUAAAGGUCCCUUUCGCGAGACUUCCCAACAGCAUUCUUCCGUGGAGCUUCCCUACACAAGCCUUUUGCUGCGUUCCACAGAAGCGACCCAGAGUUUUGCAACUGCUCUUGGGUUCCUGUGGUCAGUUGUGCCCGAUCCUAAAAUCGACUUCGAUCAGGUCGAAGAUUCUAUGGCUUGUAGCGUGGACCAUGCCUUUGUCCCAGGCCCUCCUGUCUACCGUUGGACUCACGAUCGACAAUAUUGGCACGAAUCUCGCUCGUCCCGAGUAGCACGUCUCGGAGACCAAGCUUCUAACCCAUUGCUGGGGACAAUCGUUCCCAACAUGACCUCAGAACAGAUGCAAUGGUCCAAUACUCUACGACUCAAGGAUUUCCCCUGGCUUGCAGGCCACAAAAUUCAAGGCCAGACUGUCUUUCCAGCGACUGCAUAUAUUGCAAUGGCAAUGGAAACUCUCCCAUUCUUCACAGUGGCAGAUUCAUUGCAGUUAGUAGAGAUUCGAGACUUCGCUAUCCAUCAACCAAUGGUGUUCAAUGAGGAUAACGAAACCGAAGCUUAUGAGACCCUUUUCACGCUGAGCAACAUACAACGAGAUGUCGAGGGCUCCAUCACAGCACGAUUCGUUUUCUCAUGGUCUAAAGGGGCGACGCAUGAUUUACAGCCGACGGCCGAAGGGAAAUUGGCGGUCACUCUUGGAACCAAUGACGUGGACGUUCUACCUGAUGCAGAUCAAGAAGGUCCACUUAUGGUGCCAGUGUCCUCAGAUCAUCUUUAUUCCACCUUGUUCGAACUGGGAUAUGGCUACUCCGGUUCAUUCCGAUGUUUGGGCGAUCUAAAGCGCGGGUCUCGUAAAGCUGUAGGCACAAUCGCUUUCGACCCCGAAGAGAACGGCAGUAUAAGAUAUUUCGCUCCGCCUGCUGUGUUGGAUUCAGCCUUGCAGGGCAUUUUGCUCGCAUUCGGAUAUCCCAAAGACGGCCAGCUGUGGAGCUUACAUUUGCCUACGAAGAUUGGUACUAGGCUCCCCUUCGCCGCGUCCGCCAGAGACGAGACAAACAUUCAGGGCAUCCAAGGUGAUGUUCAGAUAUAUGACGAGGACAGUGGACAUUGCUUGAUUCAAAUGGAAGAUAUCCAGGUGAUCCCGCUUUCUGCAGCUGUAGCCGACGACGACAAGGUUCUCUUCUAUGAAUGGACAUGGAAACGCGCGGAUCCAGAUGUCCCGGCCGCCGCGUGGCAGCGUGCUUCCGCGGAGGAAUACAAGCUUGCUACAAUUCUGGAAAGAAGUUCUUUCUACUACCUCCGCGUGUUAAAUUCGAAGAUACCGAAGGAUCACCCGGGAAGAGCCGAUCAGUUCUUCCAAGCUUAUCUUAACUAUGCAGCACAUGUAACACAGUCUGUUGUCGACGGUCGAAACAAAUGGCUCAAGCAGAGCUGGCUAACAGACACCAUGGAUGACAUUAUGACCAUUACCGAGCCUUAUGCCAACCUUCCCGAGUUUCAGAUCAUGCAUGUGGCUGGCACUCAAAUGCCGCGUGUAAUCUUGGGCGAAGUGGAUUCUAUACUUGAGUUCUACCUUCAAGAUGCACUGCUCGAUCAGUACUACGCCACAUCGAAAGUCAUGGGUAUAGCUACAAGAUGGCUAGCAGACACCGCCGCUCAAGUAAUGUCUCGGUAUCCCAACAUGAGAGUAUUGGAGGUAGGAGCAGGAACCGGAAGUGCCACACGAGAAGUCCUGUCUCAUCCAGAAGCAAAGUUUUCGACAUACACAUUCACCGAUAUCUCAUCUGGCUUCUUUGGCACUGCACAGAACGAGUUCGAUGCCAAAUUUGCCAAGCAAAUGAAAUAUGCAGUUCUGGACAUCGAAAAUGAUGUGGAGAUCCAGGGCCUCAAAAAACAUAGCUACGAUCUGGUCAUUGCUUCUCAGGUUAUACACGCCACCAAAAGCUUAGAGAAGACACUUAGGAACGUGCGAUCUUUGCUCAAACCGGGUGGUUAUUUGAUCAUGAAUGAGCUUUCCAGCCACGAGCUUUGUCGCGCAUCUUUGAUCUUCGGAUGUCUCCCGGGAUGGUGGGCAGGCAUGGAAGAGGGACGUAUACUUGGUCCUCAAGCAUCACAUGCGCAAUGGGACACUCAUUUGCGGAAUUCUGGAUUCGGUGGUGUGGACAGCGCAUCUCCCGACCACGACGCUUUACCGUUCACCAUUUCGAUUUACGUAUCACAAGCUGUAGACGAAAGGGUGAGUCUUCUACGGCAGCCUCUACUACCGGCGAUAGUAAAGGAGCGAGGCGGUAGUGGUAUCGAGAAGUUGAUCCUCUUGGGGGGUGCCACAUCUCAGUCCCAGUCAAUUUCGAGAGAGCUAUCAAACCUGCUCCUAAACAUCGCUGGAACCGUCGCCACUUAUGCCACCCUGGAAGAUUUGAAUUGCUCUGAUAUAGGCCCUAGCGACGUGGUUUUGGCUAUGUGCGAUCUUGAUACACCUGCCUUCAAAGACUUGUCACCGGAUCGAUUCGAGAGUCUACGAAUGUUAUUCGCCACCGCAAAAAAUAUCCUAUGGGUAACCCAGGACCGCCGAAUUGGAAGUUCCUGGACGGACAUGAUUGUUGGCUUUGCAAGAGCUGUGCUCUGGGAGAUGCCAGAUCUUCAUCUUCAAUUUCUCGAUUUCGAAGCCCCUGCAGAACCGGGUGCCACCGUUAUAGCGGAGUGUCUUAUACGCUUCCAUGAGCUUGCGCUGAGUCACGAGCGAAAAGAAAAGAAUGCAACACUCUGGUCACUGGAACACGAGUUGGUCGUUGUGUCGGAUGGCAGCUAUCUGAUUCCCAGAGUCGCGCCGAUGGACGGCCCGAAUGGCCGAUUGAAUUCUACCCGUCGCCAGGUCGUUGAACAUACCACAUUGGACUCCCGCAGUGUUUCUCUGGGCUACUCAAACGGACAGUACAAAAUCUCAUCCGACUUGUUUUCCCAAUCUCGGCCAGAUUUAUGUUGCUCCACCACCGUGACAGAGUUACGCCUAAUCUCUUCAACAACGCAGGCUGUCAGAACACCUGUCGGCUUCCUUUUCGUAUGCCUGGGUUCGUCCAUUGCAGAUGGUUCGCGUUAUCUGUUCAUGACGGACUCGCUAUCGUCAACUGUUAGCAUUGCGACCGAUUGUAUCUUCCCAUGCUCACCAUCUACUGGAUUUGAGGCCGCGACAGUUGCGUUAGUGGCAGCUUCAAUGCUGGCUGCAACUUUGACCGAUCAACUAUGCAAAGGAGACCUUCUUCUCAUUCAUGACGCCCCGGAGAUCAUUUCCAAGCUUAUACACGAAAACGCCAGCAUAACGGGGUGGACAGUCAUCCCGACCACGUCUGAUGGCCUCAACGUCCCACCUAGUGGAUUUUUUGUUAAUCCUUUUACGGGCUCUGAUCGGUUGAAAGCGUUGUUACCGCCGGUACUAACUGGUUACGUGGACUUUAGCAAACCAUCUGCGCGACCAUCUAUUUUCGGCUCGCUCACAACGCGAAGCGCAUUGAGGGACGACGUUUCGACCAUGUUCUCCCGACAAGCCCAAUAUGCACCUUUUGUAGAUCCUGGAAGGAUAAAACGGAUUUUAGAAUCCUCGCAUCAUCGCAUUAGCAGGCAACUCGAGAAUGCUCCUGCCGGUGAACUUGUCUCGGGAGCACUCGAUCUUUCCUCCAUCGCCAAUGGGCCAGGCACCACUAAUGGCUUCGGGGUUCUAGAUUGGACUUCUCCUGCAUCCAUUGCUAUCACAGCUGAGCCUGUCAACGCUCUAUUCCAGUCAGAUCGUACAUAUUGGUUUGUGGGUUUGUCAGGCGAAAUGGGUCUUUCGCUGUGCGAUUGGAUGAUCGAAAGAGGCGCGAAGUAUUUUGUGCUCAGCAGCCGGAACCCACGUGUCAGUCCAGAUUGGUAUGCCAGAGCAGAAAGAAGGGGUGCAAAGAUCAUGGUAGCCAAAAAUGACGUGACCGAUAUCACGCAAUUGACUGAAUUGUACGAAACGAUUCAAAGCAAGCUACCUCCUGUCGCAGGUGUUGCCCAUGGAGCAAUGGUGAUGCGUGAUAAUCCGAUUCGAAACCUUACGUUCCACGACACGCAGACCGUGUUCGGACCCAAGGUUCAAGGUAGUAUCAACCUUGAUAGUAUCUUCUGUAACACGGCUCUGGAUUUUUUCAUUUAUUUCUCAUCACUGACUGGUGUCAUUGGAAAUGCAGGCCAGGCGAAUUACACUGCCGCUAACCGAUUCUUGUGUGGUAUGGCAAGAGAGAGACGUCAAAGGGGUCUCGCAGCGACAGCAAUCGAUCUGGGAAUGAUCAACAGCAUCGGUUACGUGGCUCGGGAGUUGAGUUUGGAGGCACAGAAUGUGCAUUAUGACUACGGAUUCCUCCUCAGUUCGGAACAUGAUUUGUUCUCAAUCUUCGCGGAGGCAAUCAUCUCCGGAAGACCAGACUCCGGUCUUCCUUCAGAGAUUAUUUGCGGUCUUCGGCGUAUGGGUACAGAACAUUCCUAUCGGUCAGCAUUCUAUUCCUAUCCUCAUUUCGCCUGCCUCACGCCCAAGGCCACGGACAAGAUGGAGUUAGAUACCCAGAAGUCAGGAGCAGUGCCACUUUCAGAACGCUUGGCCAAUGCCAUCAGCCGAGAGUCUGUUCGACAGAUUGUGACAGAGUGUCUAGUGCGGGAAGUGAAAAGCAUCCUGCAUCUUAACGAAGAUUACGAGUUGAGCCUCUCUAGUAGUACGGAUGAGCUUGGCCUUGACUCGUUGGUCGCCGUUCGCAUCAGAACCUGGAUUUCCCAGAACUUCCAUGUCAACGUGCCCACUCUGAAAAUGCUGCAGGGCAUUAUGAUCGCGAGUUUGAUUGAACAGAUCUGUAACGAGACACCAGAUGAAUUGAUCCCUAACUCCAAUGGGGCCUCAUUAAAAGAGACUACAUCAGGGGAACUACAGAGCGUCGAUCAUGGUCCCAAUGUACCUGAUAAGAAAGUACUGCCUACUAUGAUAGAGCCUACGACAGACCCAGGAUCGCAGCAAUCCGAACAACCAAAUCACACAGCCUUAUCUUCCGGGACCUCUGACACGUCAGAUGGAUAUUCAAUUGCGACCCCACUUACCGGGCUAUCUAACACAGACGUGGAGGCAUCCGAAAAUCCUUUGGAACUUAAAAAUGCCCUCAUUCCGAGUCAUUCCAAUAAACAGCAGCGGCGAAAGCAAACUCAACCAAUUGCUUAUGAGAGAUCUGGGCCGUUGUCUUCAAUUCAAAAAAUGUUUUGGUUCGUACAGAACCUCCUCGAGGACAAAACAACCCUGAACACGACGGCCGUCUUCCAAAUGAAGGGGUCUGUGGAUCACAAGCGACUGGCAAGCGCUGUCCGAAGUCUGGGACGGCUCUACUCCAUCCUGCGAACCAGCUUUGCCGAAGAAGAUGGAGUGGUGUCCCAAAGUAUUCUUCCGUUCUCUACGCUUGAAUUAGAAGUGGUGCAUUCGCACGAAGACAACAAAUGGCUCCAGUUAUACCAGCAGCUGCAAGAUCACACAUAUGAUCUUGCUCAAGGAAAGGCGCUCAGGUUGGUGUUGUUGUCAAUGUCCAGUACGAGGUCAUACCUCCUCAUCGGGUACCACCAUCUCGUCUUUGAUGGAGUCAGUCACACACCGUUUAUGGCAAACCUCGAAAGGGCAUAUACGGGAAAACCCCUGGACAACCAGGUAUUGCAAUAUAUGGAUCACGCAAUCAAGCAACGAGCAAGUUACGAGAGCGGGGAAUGGUCUGAUUCCAUUGCAUUCUGGCAGUCUCAGUUUGCCACUAUCCCAACCCCGUUGCCACUUCACCGCAGUCAGGUUUCCGAGAGAAAGGCAUUGCAAAAAUACGAGGAACGCCUAUCCAUAUUCCGCGUGGAUCCUGAGCUUGGAUCGGCCCUGAGGGCCACGGCCAAGAAACAUCGAUCGACGGUCUACCACGUAUAUCUUGCCGCUUUCAAAGUUCUACUCUAUCGAUUUCUGGGUACCGAGGAUAUCUGCAUCGGCUUGGCAGAUGAACAGCGCUCCGCCGAUGAAAAUCGCAUGAGCAUCGGGCCAUUCUUGAACAUGGCGCCUUUGCGACUGAAAGCGAGCUCGUCCGAAACAUUCGGGCAGGCCAUCGAAGAAGCCCGCGAAAAAAGCCUGCUCGUCCGAUCCCAUUCACACAUCCCGCUUGAAGUGCUCUUGAACGAACUCCACGUCGACCGUUCUGCAUCCCACACUCCCUUGUUCCAAGCUUUUAUGAACUAUCUCCUCGAAGAAAGUAUGGACGAGCAGCAAACGUUCUGCGGAUGCGAACUAUCCGCUCUGGAUCACAAACCAGCUCGACUUGCAUACGACUUCUCGCUUACCGUCUUCAACACUCCAGCAGCGGAAGCACGGAUUUAUCUUGCAACACAAAGCUCGCUAUAUACUGACGCGGACUGUGCUCUUCUUUCACGAGGCUUCGAGGACAUAUUGCAUGAGUUUGCAGAAGCUACUUCCCAGGGCAUUGGUCGCGACUGGAAGUUCCGGGACGACGAUCUAUCCAAAGCAAUCGCUUGUGGGAAAGGGCCGUCGAUGACGAUUACUUGGCCGACUUUGGUCCAUAGGUUCAAAGACGUCGCAGAACAGUACCCGUCUAACGUUGCUGUCGAUGAAAUAGGCGGGCAGUCCAUCUCAUACAAGCAUCUCGCGGCACGUGCAAAUGGUAUUGCAGGGCGUCUGUCUGCUUCCGGGGUUGUCCGCGGCAAUACAGUUGCAGUAUUUCAAGAUUCGGGUAUUGAUUGGGUGGCUUCUUUACUAGCCAUUUUACGACUUGGUGCCGUCUACGUCCCGCUUGAUCUCGGCACGCCUCCCCAACGACUCACAUUGAUCAUGGAGGACAGCAGACCAUCCGCGGUUCUUAUUCAUGAUCGCACCGCAGCCAAAUUUAGUAAGAUAGGCGCGAAGUUCAACGCAACAGUCAUCGAUGUGUCGCACGCGUCUACAGAAACGACAUCGGAUGUGGCAGUGGUCACUCAGAGCAUCGACGUUGCCAUGAUCCUAUACACCAGCGGCUCGACAGGGGUCCCGAAAGGCGUAUCGCUGAGGCACUCUGGUCUAGCAAGCGACUUUGAAUCUGCCUACCAGCAGCACAAGUUCCAGCCAACAGAUGUCGUGCUACAGCAAACUGCGUACAGUUUUGAUCUAUCUAUCCUACAGAUAUUCUUGGCGUUAAGUGCAGGCGCACAGCUUAUAAUACCUCCAGCAACAAUGAGGCUCGAUUCGGUCUCAAUUAUCAAGACGAUCGACGAGAAAGCUGUUACACUCACCUGGGCUACUCCGACCGAGUACAAAAGCUGGAUGGUAGAGGCCUGCCGAGCGCAAUUGAGUCUCUCCUCCUGGCGCAUAGCGUUCACGGGUGGCGAGGCAGUGACUCCGACGUUGUUGGAGCUGUUUCGACGCUUCGGUAAUGCAGGUUUAGCGCUGCACAACAAAUAUGGCCCCACCGAGACAACUUGUGGUUCUUCCAUCACGCGUCUGAGCUAUGACGCGGAGGAAGGUAUACAAGGUGCCGUCACGGUCGGUCAGGCCUGUGCCAACGAAAGCAUCUACAUUCUGGACCACGAGAAACAACUCCAACCCGUCGGUAUGCCGGGCGAGAUUUACAUCGGCGGCGCAGGGGUCAGCCCAGGCUAUCUGAACCUCGACGAAUUGAGCGAAAAUGUCUUCGUACCGAACCCGUUCGCUGACGAUUCAUACACGUCCCAAGGAUGGAAGACCAUGUACGCGACCGGAGACCGCGGUCGCCUUCUCCCUGACGGGUCUCUCUGCAUAUUGGGCCGUGUCGGCGGCGAUACAGAAAUCAAGCUGAACGGCGUGCGCAUCGACCUACGAGACGUCGAACAAACAAUCUUGCGCUCGUCGAACGGCAAGCUCGCCGACGCUGCGGUAUCACUCAGAUUGCAGGAAGGCAGCGAGGCACGAUAUCUGGUUGCACACGUUGUCUUUGCCGGCGAGGACACACACAAAUUUGACCGCGCAGACUUUCUCGAUAGCUUAAUAGCCGACCUGCCACUGCAACGCACCAUGUGUCCUUCCGCUAUCAUUCCCGUAAACAGCUUACCCCGUAGCGUUGCAGGAAAGUUGGACAGGAGGGCUGUAGACGAACUACCCGUCUCCAUGCAUAUCGCCAUCGAUUCAACCCCAGACCAACCGCUAACCGAAACGGAGGAAGUGGUUCGCCGAUGUUGGGAAGAGGUCAUCCCCAGCGAAGUGCUCGGUGUCCACCGCAUCACUAGCGAAUCCAACUUUUUCCACGUCGGCGGUACCUCGCUACUGCUCAUCCAGCUGCAGCGCGCGCUGGAGAGGGAGUCGGGGGCCACGCUGACACUUCUAAGCAUGUUCGAAUCAGUCACGCUACAGGACAUGGCUUCACUUUUACCAGGGCAACACAGAAGGGUAGAAACGAGCAUAGAUUGGGACGAGGAGACGGCCCCAGAGCCAGGGCUUGACGCUAUUCCUGCGAUGGAUGGAGGUCGCCAGCUCUCUUCUGGUCGCCAGACAGUCGUUCUUACAGGCGCUACAGGCUUUCUUGGUCAGACUAUUCUGAAGACGCUGGAUGACAACCCACGAGUGGACAAAAUUAUCUGCAUCGGCUCGCGAGAUACAACCCGCAAGGAGCUCAUAACCAGAUUCGCCAAGGCCUCUUAUUGUAACGGAGAUCUUCGUCUUCCGCGUCUCGGUCUCAGCGAUCAAGAAGCAACAGAAAUAUUUUCCCAGGCCGACACAGUCAUCCACAAUGGCGCAGAUGUCUCACAUCUCAAGACCUUCGAGAGCUUGCGCCACAGCAACUUCAACUCUACCAAAGAACUGGUGCGCCUAUGCCUGCCGCGCAAGAUCGCCUUCCACUUCAUCUCAACUGCUGCCGUCUCCAUGUACUCGCAGUCAUCCAAAUUUCCCGAGGCCACCGUCCGCGACCACCCUCCACCCCGGGACGGACUGUACGGCUACAUCGCGUGCAAAUGGGCCUGUGAAGUCUACCUCGAAAAUGUGCACGCGCGCUACCACCUUCCAGUGACCGUCCAUCGGCCCUCGAGCGUCAUGCGUUCAGCUACCGACAUGAGCGGCCCGAACCCUGUGCCAGACAUCUUGCAAAAUAUGUUAAAAUUUUCUCGCGAUCUUCGUACUGUGCCAGACCUUAGGCACAUGGGAGGCUUCAUGGACUUUGUACUCCCAGAGACAUGUGCGGACGAUAUCGUGCACGGCGUCUUGUCAACACCCAUCCUCACUAAGACUUCGCAGAGCAAAGACAGCAUAACAGCUGCUCUCAUUUACAGGCAUAACGUUGGCGAUCUGCGUAUUCCCUUCACGGGGUUGCAGGAUCAUCUCAGUCGAGAGAUGCAGGCAGAAAUUGAGCAAGUACCGUUUGAUGAGUGGGUGCAGCGAGCUGAAGGCGUAGGCAUGUCGCAGGUUGUUAGUACCGCUUUUCAGGGGUUGGCGAGGCUUGAAGGGGUCGCAUUUCCGCACAUGCUACGUGGGCCUGCCCCUACUGUUGCUUAA